AUGACCCAGUUUCCGUCUUAUGACGAACUUCCGAUUGAUCCUAAAUACCCUCCCAAAACAGCUUGGGGCGUUUGGGGCGUAGAUGAUAAUCUUGGUACACUCAACCAUUUGACAGAAGAGCGCGUCCUCAAGGCUUCACAAACGUGUAUACGCCGAGGUGCUGUCUUUCCUCUCAACUGGAAACUUGAAGCACCUCAGCCUCCUUUUCAUAACCGGUCAGAAAUCGACCAUCAGAUUGUCCGCUGCAGCGCAAUGAAGGACAGAAUGUUUGACGAUAUCUACCAGAACUUCAACACGCAAUCAUCAUCACAGUGGGAUGGGCUCCGACACUGUUGUCACUGGAAAAGCAAACAAUUUUACAACAAUGUAAAUUUUUCGGAUAUCGAACCUGGAGCUGACGCCACUGAUCGAUUGGGUGUGCAUCACAUGGCGGAACGCGGUAUUGCUGGUCGUGCCGUUCUCUUGGAUUAUGCCCGAUGGUGGGCAAAGCAACGAGGACAGGAAUUAAACCCGUUCAAGCGAUAUAAUAUUACUGUUGACGAACUAGAACGGGUGGCCAAAGACCAAAACGUUAUUUUCCAGGAAGGCGAUAUUUUGAUGCUGCGGACAGGACUCACGGUAGCAUGCGAAAAGCUGGCGGGCGAACAGUUGUGUCAGCAGCAUACACCCAAUCCAGAAUGCAUUGGCGUCAAGGCGUGCGAAGAGACGUAUCGCUGGGUUUGGGAGAAGAAGUUUGCGGCGGUGGCAUCGGAUAACAUUGCGUUUGAGGCUGUUCCGUUCUUAGAUGAUAAUGAUUCAUGUCAUUCCCAGUUUUUAGGGGGCUUUGGCAUGAUAAUAGGCGAGCUGUUUUACUUGGAAGCUCUCGCGGAUGACUCUGCUCGGGAUGGCGUAUACGAGUACUUCUUUACAAGUGCUCCACUCAACAAGUACCAAGGUGUGGCAUCACCCCCAAAUGCGAUCUGCAUAAAGUAA